CUCUCAGUCUCUGAUUUCCUUCCCCGUCCCUUUCUAUCACUUCAAGAAAUCGUUCGACUCAUUCUCGCACGUAUUCCAACAUGGCGUACCUCGCAACGAUUACAAGCCCAACUGCAAUCUUAUGGUUUCUCAGAUUUCCAAGCCGAUUCUUCCUUCCAAUCUUACUUUCUCUCCCUCACUUCCUUCCUUCCGGAGGUCGUGUCCGACGAAGAAGCCUCUGUCGCUUUAAAAAAAGCAGGUUUUCAUGUCGAUCAACUGAAGGCCAUAGCUCCUGACAAUUUUGCGGUCCCCCUCGAAGCUGCCCUCCUACGACAUUUUCUUUCCUCCAUUUCCACCCAGCCUCUACCGGACCAACUCAAAGAACAUAUUCGAGCUUUAUUGGAUGUUACGGAUAUAUCUCAUUUACCUUUCAGUGGUGAAUACAUAUCUGCACGUUCCAUGUCGAGACACUUCCAUCUUCAUAUAGGACCGACAAAUUCAGGAAAGACAUACAGUGCUCUCAAAGCUCUCAGUAGGGCUGGGACAGGAGCUUAUGCUGGACCUCUAAGACUAUUGGCACAUGAGGUAUGGGAAAGAUUGAAUCUUGGAACGGUUGGGGAUAUGAAUGGUAAAGGUAGAGAAUGUAAUUUGGUCACUGGAGAAGAGAGGAGGAUAGUCGAUCCAGACGCUGGUUUAAUCAGCUGUACAGUCGAAAUGCUCCCUAUCUCCGGUCCACUAGGGUCUCCAUAUGACGUGGUGGUGGUGGAUGAGAUACAAAUGAUGGGAGAUCCUCAAAGAGGGUCAGCAUGGACGAACGUGGUCAUGAAGCUGAGGGCGCAUGAGAUACAUUUAUGUGGAGAUGAAACCACUGUUGGGCUUUUGAAGAGGAUGGUUGCAUCGUUUGGUGGGGAUCAACUCACGGUUCAUCGUUAUGAUCGUCUCACGCCAUUAACAGUCGCCGACAAAAGUCUUGGAAGCUCUUAUAAAGGGGUGAGGAAAGGAGAUUGUGUAGUAACAUUUUCCAGAUCGGGAAUUUUCUACGUGAGACGGGAAGUGGAAUCGUUCGCUAAGAAGAAAUGCGCAAUGGUAUAUGGUGCUCUCCCUCCAGAGACCAGAGCGGAGCAGGCGAGGGAUUUCAACGAUGAGAAUGGACGAGCGGAAGUAUUAGUGGCUUCUGAUGCGGUAGGAAUGGGUUUGAAUCUUAAAAUCAAAAGAAUGAUAUUUUCAUCCCUACAUAAAUUCAAUGGCAAACAAGACGUCCCACUUUCCCUGACUCAAAUCAAACAAAUCGCAGGUCGAGCGGGUCGUUUCGGCAUGUCUACCACCACCCCUGAUCCUCAUGCCACCCCCCAACUAGACCUCCCGAGUAUCGCCCCAGACGAAAAACCGUCCGAAGGAGGUAUCGUGACCACUUUCCAUGAAUCAGAUCUUCCCAUUCUUCGUUCUCUCCUUCACCAACCACUCCCUCCCAUCACUCGUGCGACUUUAGAUGUACCCUUCGAAAAUAUGUCGGCUUUAGCUGCUCUUUUACCUCCUGAAACGAAAUUCAGUGAAUUGUUAGAUCACGUCUACUCCCUCGUCCUCGUUCCACCCAACAUGACUUUAGGUUCCAUGCAACAUAAACUUCCUUUGGCAAAAGUAGUUGAAGAAUUCCGUUCUGGUCUCACUUUGUCCGAAAUGGAUCUUCUCACCUAUGCUCCGGUUAACGGUCGAGAUCCUCGUGCUUUGGGAGUUUAUCAUUCCCUCGCUUCGACUUACGCUUCUGUAGGACAUGUGACAUUGGAUAACAUGUUUGAUUCUUCUGGAUUUUAUGAACAACUUCGAAAGAUGGAAAAAGUCAUAAAUGAUUUGAUAAAUCCUCCAUCAUCACGAGAACCUCAAUCUCAGACACAGGAAAAACCAAAGUCGGUAUCACAAAUAAUCUCCGAUAAUCUUCCAGGAAUGGAAACGUUGCACAAGACUUUGGUGCUUUAUAUCUGGUUGAGUUAUAGGAGAGAAGUUUCUUUUCCUGAUCGAGAAAAAGCUUUGGGAUACAAAGAGAGAACAGAGGUGGUUUUGGAAAAAUGUCUGGAACAUCUCCCAGGAUAUCAGAAAAAGAGUGGAGUUAAGGGUAUGAGAGGUCAGGGUAAGGUGAAACCAGUGUAUGAGAAG